GCUAAUGGUUAGGCAUUAGUCGAUAUUAGUGGCAAACCACAAAAUUAACUAAGACGUUAAUAAUAAUCAUUUUCUUCAAUAUUGGCCGGUGGAGAAGCCGUUAGGCAUAUUAGUCUCAAGUCACCUAUAUUUAUUUAGUCAUUUUUGUUUUUCCUGCCUCUCCAAAUAAAUGACUCUUUUCAUGUAGUUGGACGCACGAAUUGCUUGUUCAUCUUCGUUUUCUAUUUCUCCAUAUUCAUUAUUCUCCCAACAAACAAUCUCCAAAAAAAUAAAAAUACACCAAGUUCACUGUACCAUUAAAGUCUUCACAAACUCUGCCUGGAAGACAUAACAAAAGAGCAUAACACACUGCAUAUAAUUUUUUUGGGUAAAAAUCUUCUCUUCUGUUUUUCGUCGAUGAUUCUAUAGUUUGUUGUUUACUAACACAUUGGUUUUCUCUGGUUGGUUGAAUCGCGAGUUAUUAUCAAGCCAUGGUACUUGGACAGAAGAAGAAGAAAAAAGGUGCUUCUUUCCAAAUUGAUUACAUUGUUAAUAUUCAGCUGAUCAGGCCUUGGCCUCCAUCAGAGUCUUUGAGAUCGGUUCAAUCUGUAUUACUUCAGUGGGAGAAUGGUGAUCGUAAUUCUGGAUUUGUUACUGCCUCUGUUGAGGAUGACUAUCUUGAAAUCAACAAGACUUUCACCCUAUUCUUAACAUUAUGUCGCGAAAAAAAAUCAAAAGAUAAAUUUCUAAAGAAUAACUUGGAUUUCUCUUUGUAUGAGUAUACAAAGGAUAAUGCAGCUCAAGGUCCGCUAUUGGGGACAGCUUCGAUUAAUUUUGGAGAAUAUGGAAUUAUCAGAGAAACUUUAGCUAUUAGUGUUCCUUUAAACUGCAAGAAGAGUUCGAAAAGCUUGCUGCAACCAUCUUUGUAUGUUAAGGUACAGCCAACAAAAGAUAAGCAAGAAUCAGACAUGAUGAUUGAUGAUGCUGAAUAUGAUUCUGAUUUUGCUUCUUGUACUGAUGAUGAUGUUUCCUCACAUUCAUCCUCAACUUUUUCUUCUUCUGUUUUUGAAGCUGCUUGGGGUUCACCAUCUAACAAUGUUAAGGUUGCACGGGCAUCACCAUCUCGGCUUGAAAAGGUACUUUAAGUUAUUCAAUUUGUUAACAAGUACUAUUCAGU